AUGGCUGCCGGAAGGUUACUGCUCUACACGGGCCUCUCGCUGGCGCUCUGCGCCCUCGGCAUGCUGGCCGUGGCCAUCUGCUCGGACCACUGGUACGAGACGGACGCCAGGAAGCACCGGGAGCGGUGCAAGGCCUUCAACACCCGCCGGAUCGACCCGGGCUUCAUCUACAACAACAACAACAACUUGCCGCUGCGGGCGAGCCGCUCGCGCCUGGACCGCUGGGAGGGCAAGCUCCUCCGGGCCCGGAACCGCAGGCAGCUCUUCGCCAUGAGCCCCAUGGACGAAUGCAGCCGGCAGUACAACUCCACCAACAUGGGCCUCUGGAGGAAGUGCCACCGGCUGGGCUUCGACCCGGAGAUCGAAGCUCUCAUUCGUAAAGGAGAAAUUGAACGAUGCACAUACAUCAAAUACCACUACUCCUCAGCCACCAUCCCAAGGAACCUCACUUUCAACAUCACGAAGACCAUCCGCCAGGAUGAGUGGCACGCCCUGCACCUGCGCAGGAUGACAGCCGGCUUCAUGGGCAUGGCGGUGGCCAUCAUCCUCUUUGGCUGGAUCAUCGGCGUGCUGGGCUGCUGCUGGGACCGAGGCCUUAUGCAGUACGUGGCCGGGCUUCUCUUCCUCAUGGGAGGAACCUUCUGCAUCAUAUCACUGUGCACCUGUGUGGCCGGGAUCAACUUUGAGCUGUCACGAUACCCUCGCUACCUGUAUGGACUCCCCGAUGACAUCAGCCAUGGCUAUGGAUGGUCCAUGUUCUGUGCGUGGGGGGGCCUGGGCCUCACACUCAUCUCCGGGUUCUUCUGUACCUUGGCCCCUUCUGUCCAACCUGUCCCGAGGACCAACUGCCCUAAAUCCAGACCCGAGAAUGGGACAGUGUGCUAA